GCUCUUGGAAUGUAUGCAGUUUACUUUGUGCAACACACUGAAUGCACCUGCCUAAGUAACACGUGAUUUUGAAUCUACUCGUAAAGAAAGAAAUAGAGAAACAGUUAUCGGUACGCUCUCGAAGAGUAAACAAGGAAAAGCGAUUGUUAAAGUAAAAUCUUUUAACACUUAAUUUAAUUAUAUUACCAUCAACAUGAAUUGUAUUUGUUGAAUAUUAAGUGAACGGUAUUUGAAAGUUAAAGAAGCGGAAAACGACAGUUUGGAAUUUUUAUAACUACUACGGUUUGAACGACCAGGGCAAAACUCAGUCGACGUAUAAACUCUCCACUCAAUUCCAAAACCACGAAACUCGUUUCUCAAAAAAAUUUUACAUCUAAGGGAGGUAUUGCAAAAAGGAAAUUUACUUUCAAGAUGCCUGUAGUUACAAAUUUAGAACAAUUAAUUGAAGAAUUAAGGAUAGUUUUUGAUAGUGACCAAGUGGACAUCGAUUACGUUAAAGAAUUAAUGACUUCGUAUAAAUCUAACAAAGAAGACUGGGCUAAAUAUGCUAUGUUUGAUCGAUUCAGGUAUACAAGAAAUUUAGUGGAUUCGGGUAAUGGUAAAUACAAUUUAAUGCUUCUUUGUUGGGGUGAUGGACAUGGUUCAGCAAUUCAUGAUCAUGCCAAUUCUCAUUGUUUUAUGAAAAUGUUACAAGGAAAACUAAAGGAGGUUCGUUAUGAAUGGCCUGAUGGUGAGGAUAGCGAAGAAAUGGUUGAGAUUGGAUCGAAAAUUUUAGAUUUAAAUGAAGUUUGUUAUAUAAAUGAUAAAAUUGGUCUGCAUCGAGUUGUAAACGCAUCUGAUAAUUGUCAAGGUGCCGUAAGUUUACACCUUUAUUGUCCACCAUAUGAAAAAUGUUUGGUAUUCAAUGAGAAGACCGGGCAAAGAUCAUCAGCUCAAGUAACAUUUUGGUCAAAGUACGGAUCGAGAACGUGAAAUGAACAACUUUUAUUUGUUGAUGUUAUUAAGAAAACGGUCUUUAAUGUUGAUAACAACUAAUUUGGAUAAAUAUUUUAGUAUUUUUUUUAUAAAAUGUUAAUAAUGAUAAGUGUCAAACUAUAAUUUAUUAAGAAAAUAUUAGAUAAAUAUGGACUGUAUAAAUUGUGAAUUUUUCCGAAAGAAAGGAAAAAAUGUCUCAAAAAACACCUCAAACUUCUUUUUUGUAUUUUGAUUACUAUAUUUUUAUUAUAAAAUGAAUAAAACUUUAACAAAACGAA